AUGACUGAGGAGACGUUGGUGAGCCGAAUCGGCAUUUACAACAACCUCAAUGAUCCGGUGCCGUCAUGGAAUCACCCUGGGGUCAUCAUGGCGGUUUCCGCGUCCAUGACAUGUCUCUCGUCGAUUUGUGUGGUUUAUCGUCUCUACAUACGGCUCUUCGUUGUUCGGGCUAAGGGCUGGGAUGAUUUCUUCGUCUUGCUCUAUCUUAUAACUGGGUUGGUUAGUGGUAUAGGAGUAUGUCUUGCUCCUCACUUCGGGUUGGGUCAGCACAUCCUCUUACUAAAAUCAAGCGAUAUAAAAUCGUAUCUCACGAUAUUUUAUGCAACGAACGCUUCCUAUAACAUGUCGACAACCUUCAUCAAGAUAUCCCUCCUGUUUCAAUAUCUGCGCGUCUUCCAAAGCGGGCACAUGCGGAUCAUGUGCAUCGUCAUGAUGGCGAUUAUUGGUUUAUGGGGUGCAGGGUAUUCGUUGAUGGCCUGGGUUCCCUGUAUUCCCGUAAGCGGGUAUUGGAACCUAGAAAUGGAGGCAAGGUGCUAUGGGUUUGGUUCCAGGAAUGCCAACGAAUUUUAUAAGAGCUAUCUUUCCCACACUGUGGUUAAUACCGUGCUGGAUAUGAUAGUGUUUACAAUACCGAUUCCACUAUAUUUCCAACGAGACACGAUCCGACGGACAAAGCUAGGGCUGGCUGGGGUGGUUUCCACGGGGGCAGUCGUAAAUGGCCUUUCUAUAUGGCGGCUUGCAACGAUAGUUGAGCACAGGGCUACAACAAGCCCGACUUUCGAUCCGACGUGGUACGGACCUAUUAGUAUUAUGCUCGGAACAUUAGAAGCGAUGACAGCAAGUAUUUGCGCAUCUUUCCCUAUUUUCUGGCCUUCGCUAAAGGUUCGACUUGAUGAAAUAUUUGUCACCAGAGAAGUGACCAUCACAUUGAAUCGUCGAUCGAACCGAUUUUCAGUCGACGCCGGCGAUACGAUCGAGCUUCAGCGCACGGCAAGCGAAGACCGCGACAAUAAGUGGAAGAGAUGUCCCAGCAUAGCAGGUAGCGAGUCGAGCCAGAGUAGGCUGGCCGAAUUAGCCCCUGUGGAAAAGAGAGCGCAACAUUACCAGGAUGAUUUCAUUCUGGAUCAGAUAGAUCCUCUGCGGAAAAAAAGCGCCUUUGCUGUAGAGUCAGAGAUUAUAUCAGAAGGUCUUAGCAGGCAAAAAUCAAGACGGCCAUCACGAAAUAAGAGAUGAUAAAUGAUGAUUACCUAGUAAUUGAUGGGUUAUGCUGCUAAUAUAGGAAAAGCAUGUUUUAUAUUCUCUAAGAUGAGCCCUUUAAGAACCGAUUACCUACCGAUUACAGAGACGAAUGAAUU